UCUUCAAAAAAAAAAUCUGUGAAUCCAGCCACCAUGGAGCUCAGCACAGUCCUGUCUCUUGUUCUGGUCCUGUUGGGCUACCUAUGGUGGAAGGUGACUCGCCCAAAGUCCUUCCCUCCAGGUCCCCUGGCUCUGCCCAUCGUAGGGAAUUUACUGCAGAUGGACUUCAACAAUUUCCUCAAGGAUUUAAAGAAGUUCUCAAAGGCGUACGGCCCUGUGUACAGCAUAUAUCUAGGUACCACACCGGCAGUGGUCGUCAGAGGCUACAAAGCUCUCAAAGAGGUGUUAAUCACCAAAGGCACGGAGUUUGCGGACCGACCUCUGAAUGGAAUCCUGCAGGUCGUCUCUGGUAACAGAGGUUUGGUUAUUGCUCCUUAUGGCCAGGUGUGGAAGGAGCACAGACGCUUCACUCUGUCUACACUGCGGAAUUUUGGUCUGGGCAAAAAGUCCAUGGAGGAGAGGAUUGCCGAGGAGAGCUCCUAUUUAAUACAAGAAUUUGAAAAAAACAAAGAUACCUUGCUGAAUCCACAUGUUGCCAUCGAUAAUGCUGUAUCCAACAUAAUUUGUUCCAUUGUGUUCGGGAGGCGCUAUGAUUAUGAUGACUCCACUUUCCAAAAUGUUCUUAACCUGGUCCAUGAAAAUAUGAAGUUAACUACAAGUGUUUGGACACAGCUGUAUAAUGCAUUUGGAUUCAUCCAUUAUCUCCCUCUGCCGCACCAGAAGAUUUUCAGAAACGUAAAGGUUAUUUUUACAUUUCUGGAGAAGGUUUUAGAGGAACACAAGACAACUAGGAUGCGUGGGGAUCCCCGAGACUAUAUAGACUGUUAUCUGGAUGAGCUCGAUAAGGAAAGAGAACAGGAUAGCUCUAGAACGACAUAUGAUUGUAAGAAUCUGUUUGCUUGCGUGGUAGAUCUGUUCGUCGGUGGGACCGACACUACGUCUGCCAGCCUAGAAUGGUGCUUGCUCUACAUGAUGAGAUUUCCAGACAUACAAGAGGAAUGUCAAAAUGAAAUAGACAAAGUUCGUGGAGAGCGAGAACGGCUUGACUAUGAGGACCGAGUGAGCAUGCCGUACACACAGGCUGUUCUACAAGAGGUUCAGCGUUUCACCAACGUUGUGCCAUUAGGAGCUCCUCAUUCAACGCUAAAGGAUGAACAACUGGAUGGCUUUACUAUACCAAAGGGAACAAUGAUUAUCACAGAUCUGUCUUCACUUCACAAGGAUGAGACUUACUGGAAAUAUCCUGAUGAGUUUAAUCCAGAGAACUUCCUGAAUGAGGAUGGGGAACUCCUUAAAGUAGAAUCUUUCUUACCAUUCUCUGCAGGCCCAAGGGGCUGCAUUGGAGAAAAUCUUGCUCGUAUGGAACUGUUCCUCUUUUUUACCACCCUCCUGACACACUUUGAAUUUCACUGGCCAGACCCAGCAUCACCUCCAGAUCUCACACCAGUGUUUGGCAUUACUCAGCCCGCAAAACCCUUUAAAAUGCGCCUGUUAUCACGCAGAUAAUCACCUGUAGAUCAAUGGAUGCUGAAAUAGAACCAAAAAUAUAACUUUUCUAUAAAAACCCAAUACGUAAAUGUUUCAAUAAAAUGUAUGUAUUAUUUUAAAA